AUGAGCCUGUCUGAUGUGGUGUCCAACCUGCGGGCCCCGCUGACCACGCGGGUGGCCGACAAGCCCACGGUGCGGGUGCACUCGGUGGAGUGGCGCAAGAUCAUGGCGGGCGAGCCCGUGGAGAUCAACCCCUCGGUGGGCCACGGCUACCGCGUGAUGAGCGUGGACGAGUGGAGCGCGCGGUGGAAGCAGAACGAGGCCUUCCCCGAGUGCCUGCAGUGCGGCAGCAAGAACACCAAGGAGCACCACUUCACGCAGACGUGGUGCCGUGGCAAGAAGAAGUGGGAGAGCGAGUGCCUGUGCCGGGACUGCCACUCCUUCUCCUUCCGCUCCUACUGCGACCCAGACUUCAAGACGCCCGAGGACUUUGAGAAGGAGCGGUGGCAGGCACUGGCCAAGGGCGAGGCCGCCAAGCCGGUGCCCGUCAGCUAG